AUGGUAGGUGUAUAUGCUCCCCGCAAUAAUGUUAUCGUUAUCACAGCUUGGAUUGGCAUGUUUCGUGUGCACCGUAUUCUAGUGGAUGCAGGAAGCUCAGUAAGCGUGUUGUUUUCAGGAGCCUAUUCCUCUAUGAAUCUCCCACAUGACUUGAUCGAAGAGGAUGAAAAUCCAAUUGUCGGUUUCAGCGGCGAAGUUACAAAGACGAUUGGAAAAGUGAAGAUACCUAUAACAGUGGCUAACAAGUACGUUUUAGGAAAUUUCUUGUUGCUUGAUUGUCGAGCUCCCUACAAUGCGAUUGUAGGACGAGACUGGAUGCAUGAGAUCGAUGCAGUCAUAUCCUCAUAUCAUCAAUGUCUGAAGUUUAUUACCCCUGAAGGAGUCGUGAAAGUUAGAAGCGACCAGAUCGCGGCCCACAAGUGUCAUGAGAGUGCUAUGGACGAAUACAAGAAGUCAGAGAGUUUCGCUGAUAUGCCUGGGAUAGAUCCGAAUGUAUCCUGCCACAGGCUAAAUAUCGAUGAGAAGUUUCAUCCAGUUCGUCAGAAAAUUAGGAAUAUUGCGCAAAGCAAAAAAGAUGGAGUUACUGCAGAGGUGGAAAAACUGUUGGAAGCAGGCUUUAUUCGUCCGGUGCAGUAUGCUCGCUGGAUGUCUACUGUCGUACUCGUUUCAAAAAAGAAUGGUAAAAUUCGUGUUUGUAUCGAUUUUACUGAUUUGAAUAAAGCAUGUCCGAGAGAUCCGUACCCGCUACCGCGGAUAAGAGAUUAA